CCCCCGCCGCCGCUCCUGACCGGUGGGACAUCCGCCUGCAGCCCCUCAGGAGCCGCCGCCGCCGCUGGGGGCCCUCCGGCUGUGCUGAGGGAGGCGGUGGAGGCCGUGGUGCGGAGCUUCGCCAAGCACACGCAGGGCUACGGCCGCGUCAAUGUGGUGGAAGCUCUUCAGGAGUUCUGGCAGAUGAAACAGUCACGGGGCGCCGAUUUGAAAAACGGGGCCCUCGUGGUUUACGAGAUGGUGCCAUCCAACAGCCCUCCUUACAUCUGCUAUGUGACUUUGCCGGGGGGUAGCUGUUUUGGCAGCUUUCAGUUUUGUCCAACCAAAGCUGAAGCCAGGAGGAGCGCAGCAAAAAUUGCCCUGAUGAAUUCUGUCUUCAAUGAGCAUCCUUCCCGGAGAAUUACAGAUGAGUUUAUUGAAAAGAGCGUCUCAGAGGCUCUGGCAUCUUUCAAUGGCAAUAGAGAAGAAGCAGAUAAUCCAAGUACAGGCAUUGGUGCUUUCCGGUUCAUGUUGGAAUCGAACAAAGGAAAAUCCAUGUUAGAGUUCCAGGAACUGAUGACAGUCUUCCAGCUUCUGCACUGGAAUGGCAGCCUCAAAGCCAUGCGCGAGAGGCAGUGCUCACGGCAGGAGGUUCUGGCACACUACUCUCACCGCGCUCUGGAUGAUGAUAUCAGGAACCAGAUGGCAAUGGACUGGGUCAGUCGGGAGCAGAACAUUCCAGGUGCCCUUUCCAGGGAGUUGGCCCUGACCGAGCAGGAACUGGAGGAGGCCCGGCUGGCUGGGAAGGAGCUGAGGUUUCACAAGGAGAAGAAAGACAUCUUGAUGCUGGCAGCCGGCCAGCUGGGAAACCUGCACUCUUCCAACUGUUAGAGGAGCCCCCACGAAAGCGGUUCUCUUCCUUGUUCCUUGCCCCUGCUUCUAACCUGCGAAAGCAGCCUUACCUGGUGCUGUUGCAAAGCUGAAAGAGGCAAAAUACUCCCCUAAUUUACUCCAGAUUUUUUUUUCCAUUCUUAAUUGUGUAGUACCGUUUGCAUUUUGGAGGUUUCAGCCUAAUCUGAGCAUCAGAUGUUGCAUUCGGCAAGGAAAUAGCCCUUAUUGCCUUAUCUUUUCUUUAGACAGUUCUGAGAUCCAAGUAUCCCUCAGAGAGCCCCCCCCAAAAGUGUCAAAAUCUGGAUUUUGAAAUCUGCCAAGAUUUUGACUUUGUUCAAAACAGAAUUCUGAGCGCAACUGUAUCACUUAAGAGUAUUUGUAGAUCCUUCCUUUUUUAAAAUAGAAGCCCUUUUUGCACACCUAAAGAACUUGUUAAAAUGUCUGGAUAGUUUUUCAUCCUUGGAUCUCUUCAAUUACCUCUUUCUGUCUUUUCUGGAGAAUUUCUUAUAGAGCACAUUUUGAUGUAACGUUUUCAGUGUUAAAUAGACUAACACGUCCUGACUUAGAAUUCAGUUCUGAGUAUUGUGUAGUCAGCAGUAUUAAGUGGAAAUGUAGCACUGCCAGAGGAACACUAGGGUGUUGUUUUUUUUGCUAUGGAGAUGAUGCAUACCUGAAUAUUAGGCAAUAUGUAUUCCUGCAGUUUGCAUAGCCUUGAUACGUUCGGCCUCCCCUCGCUACCUGAAAAAGCACAGCACUUAAAAAACGCUAGUUUUCAUGAUUCUCCCACUAAGAUGAGAAUUUCAAUUCAGAUGGGUGAUACUGUAGCUGUGGUGUCACUGUGGACUGCCUAGUGUCUUACUGUAAAAAUUCCCUUCCGUGUGAGAAUUUGACUUGAGGCUCCCUAAAACUGUCUGGGCACAUUCUUUGUUUACCGGCUGUUGGCUCUUCCUUGUCCCGUAUACUUCAUCCGGUUGCUUCCUUAAUUUCUUUUUAUCAGAACACCAACCCUAUACCAAACCACCACACUCGAGGUCCUUUAAGUUAUCCUGCCUUUAGAGAAGAGGGUGUUAUCUUCAGUGCAAUGAUAGAUUCCUAACCUUGAGCAAAAUUUUGCUUUUUCUUUUGUCUUGACUUUUGCAGUGGCGGGAUGUAGUCAAUAGUAAGGUGUGCUACUUCUGCGGUGUCCCCUGAUCGGCCACCCCAGGCUUGAGUUGUUCCUUCUCAGCAGUGAAACUAAAAUCCUUUUACUGGGUUAUGGAUUUUGUAGGCAGAAAAAAAUGUGUCACCGUGAGCCAGAGAAGAAAACCCACUAGAGGGAAGUUCAGUUGUUAUACCAUGUUUCUGCUUUGUGUGGCUUGUCUUAGCCGGUGUGUAAGGCUGCAGGGAAUUCCACACACAGUUCUGGCUCAUUUCAAAUCAAGCAGCUUAAUACGUCUUGAGAAAUCACAGUGGCGCUGGUCUCGGCAAAUUUUUAUCCUCUUGUGCAGUAAUCAGAAAUGCUGGUUGGUUAAAAAAAAGAGCAUGGAAUUGUCCAAAAACAUUUCAAUGAGGCAGCUGCAAGGGAAAAAAUUAACCUCUGCGUGGGAGCAUUCCAGAACAUUUCUGGAUGGCAAACAUGAUAUUUGCACUUUUUU